GAAAGUGGACCCCUCGUGUGUGUGUGUGAGAGAGCGUGUGUGCCCCUCCUACUCUCACUCCGUUCCGUGAACGCCGCAGUUUAUUAUUUGGUGUUGAAGCGCUCAGGAGAGAGACGCAGAAAAUGACCGUAGAGAGGAUAUUCGACGAGCUUGGACAUUUCAAAAGAUUUCAGGCAUGUCUCUACUUUGCAGUAGUCUUUCAGGCCGUUGCUUGUGGGAUCCACUACCUGGCCUCUGUCUUCUUAGUGGAGACGCCAAACUUUGUGUGCAGUGCGCCUGGCAACAUCACCGAUGUCCUAUACGGUAACCUGACGGGAUCUAGUUUGGAAGAAAUCCUGCCGGUCUUCAAGUCGGGGACUGGGCCCUUGGUGGUGAGGACGGCUGAAGGAGAACAGUGGGAGCUCAGCCGGUGCCGCUGUGCCCUGCGCAUCAACCCAAGAGACUUUACAUACAACUUCGAUGGCAACAAAACAGUGAGAGCCUGCAAUAGGAACUUUGCUUACGACCACACUGAAGUUCAUCAAAGCAUUGUGACGAACUGGGACUUGGUGUGUGAGAGAGAGUGGCUGGCCAAGCUGUGCCAGCCCACCUUCAUGCUGGGGGUUCUGGUCGGAGCGCUGAUAUUUGGGGACAUUGCUGACAGAGUUGGUCGUGUGAGGAUUCUGAUGUUCACCAGCCUCUGUCAGUUUGGACUCGGGGUGUCUGUAGCAUUCUCUGGAAACUAUUACUUCUUUGUGGUGCUCCGCUUCCUCCUUGCCAUGGUGUCCAGUGGCUAUCUCGUGGUGGUGUUUGUCUACGUCACAGAGUUUACUGGCAUCAAGGUACGCACAUGGACCUCUAUGCACGUGCAUGCGGCCUUUGCUGUCGGUAUCAUGGUGGUGGCUUUGACCGGUUACCUGGUGCGAGUCUGGUGGAUCUACCAGAUCAUCCUCUCCAUUUGCACCUCGCCAUUCCUGUUCUUCUGCUGGAAGUUCCCUGAAACGCCCUUUUACUUGAUGGCCAAGGGCCGUUACAAGGACGCUCAGACCCUGCUGGAUUCGAUAGCCCACUUCAAUGGCCUUGAAUACAGGCUGAAGGUAGAGGAGCUCCUGGAGCCAGAGGAGAGAGAGAAUGGCAGUGCUCUGCUGGAGGAGGCAGAGGAGCGGCCAUCGCAGUCGGAAAAGAAGCUGUCCAUCCUGGAUCUGUUCGGCAGCUGGAGGAUGGCGGGCCGUACGUGCACAGUGUGGGCCAUCUGGUUCAUCGGCAGCCUGGGCUACUACGUCUUUUCUUUAGGCUCAGUCAACCUUGGAGGAAACCAGUACAUUAACCUCUUCCUUGCUGGUGCCGUGGAGCUCCCCUCUUAUCUGGUUGGCUGUUUUGCAAUGGACCGGAUUGGCAGGAAGAAGACUUGUGUCCCAGCUCUGCUCCUGGCCGGGGUCGCUUGUAUGCUCAUCAUUAUAGUACCUGCUGACAUCGAGGCACUGACUAUCGCUCUCUGUAUGACAGGGAAGUUUGCCAUCGCCAUUGCCUUUGGUCUCAUUUACCUGUACACCUGUGAGCUUUACCCAACCACCAUCAGGUCUCUGGCAGUGGGUAGUGGCAGUAUGAUGUGCCGUGUUGGCAGUGUGGUGGCCCCCUUCUGUGUGUACCUAGCUGAUGUCUGGGUCUACUUACCUCAGCUCAUCGUGGGAAUCCUGGCAUUCAUUAUUGGACUGCUGACAUUGUUGUUGCCUGAGACCCUGGGCAGACCUCUAACAACCACCUUGGAAGAGGCUGAAGCUCUGGGACGUAAGCCCAGCAAGAAUAUUUCAGCCCUGGGCAAUAAAGAUGCUAAGGACGGGUUGGCAAUGAAUCAACAUGAAACCAAGACCUGAGUUGUAUACUGCUGGAAAACCGGAGAGAUGGAUGCACAGAGAUAAGCUUUGGGGAAAAAAUGAAGGAAAAGAGAGGAGGUGAUGGCUGCCAAAAACUGAAAUAGUAACAUCAUUGAUUUAUUGGAUUGUUGGAAAAAAAAGAAACAAAAAACCCAACAAAGUUUUAUCAGAACUUUUUGAAAUGACAUGUUUGUUGACAUUUUGUUCUGCAAAGUGACCAACAGUUCAGUACUUUAAAGGUCCUGAAACAUUACACAAACCUUCCUGCAUGCAUACAGAUCCCAGUAAUGCAACAAUCAGUCACAGAUACAGUGCAAUCACAGCAGUUCAUAAAUUCAUUGAUCGAGAAAAUUGUGUGCUAUAUGUGUGUAUGUAUAUUGUGUAUGACCAAGACCAAGGAAACAUGAAGUAUAUUAAAGGAUCAUUUCAGUUUAUAACAACUUCAGUCUUAUAUUUUUAGUUUUGCCCAUUAUUGCUAUUAGUUAUGAUAACCUUGUACUCACCAAAGUAAUUGCUGGGAUCUAGGAGCACGGUGACAUAGCUACAACAAAGUCUGACAGCCAACAGUUUAACCAAAUUAUCCAAACAGCUUUAUUUAUUUUUUGCGCACUACAGCAUGCACAGUAGAUCAAAGUUGAACCAGAAUUUGUGAUUGAUGUUUACAAUGGACUGUUUCAAUUUUAUUUAUAUAGCGCCAAUUCACAACAGAAGUUAUCUCAUUGCACUUUUCCUAUAGAGCAGGUCUAGACCGUACUCUUUUAUAAUAUUAUUUACAGAGACCCAACAAAUCACACCAUGAGCAAGCAUUUGGCGACAGUGGCAAGAAAAAACUUCCUUGAUGAAAGAAACCUUGGACAGAACCAGACUCAAUGGUGGAUGGCCAUCCGCUGAUGCCGGAUGUUUGCCUUUGAUUUCUCUUCCAAAUUAGUUCAACCUGUAUCUGGAUCUGAGAUCUCAGCAAUUAACUUUGUGAAUACAAUGUUGUUGAUAUAACCGCUGCAAAAAUAUAAAAACCCAAGUUGUAAUGAACUGGAAUUAUCCUUUAAAAAAAGUAAGUGAGUAUAUUAGUGAUACAACAGUCUUACAACUUCUGCAGUGUGAUUUAGUUGCCUCUCUGAAACAACUAUCAUAAGUGCACAUCAUGGCUGUGCCUCUCUUUCUGAAACAUAGUAUAUAAAAUAUAAAGCAUACAGAUGCAAUGUUAUUCUAAACACAGUGCAAUACCAUGAUUCAAACAAUAGAAUAUUUUAUUCUAAUAACAAAGAAGUGCAUUUAAAAAAAAUAUUUAUUUCAUUUUAGUCACCUUUUUAUUAUUUUCAACUCUUUUUUAAAUCUCAGGGCAUCCACUUUUGGAUAUCACUGUGAAAUUAAACGCCCUGGUAGCUCACCAGCGUGCACCAUUAAGUCCUUACAGCAGCGGCCCAGGUUCAAUUCCAACAUGGGUUUGAUUCCAACCCAGGGCCCUUCACUGCAUGUCGUUCCCUCUCCUGCCUUUCCUGUAUCUAUCUACAGCUGUCACUGUCCAAUAAAGGCAAAAUGCCCAACAAAAGAAUCUUAAAAGAAAAAAAGAUGGUAUUGCUUAGCUUUAACUUUGUUAUUUAAUUUAUGUGUGUGUUAGUAAGAACAAUAGUUGGUGAACAAAUUUUUCUACAAGCUUAUUCUGUGUAUGCAAUCUAGAUGCUGGACAUACUGAAGGAAAUGUACCAUAAAACUUCAAUUAAUAGCCUGGGCUUUUAUUUGCUUCAGUCACUGAAGUCAACCUGCCUAUAUAUGGGACAGGCCUUUAAUUCCUUUCGCACAAACUACUUCAAAAGUAGGGAGUCAAAUUAUACUUUGGUGCUCAUGGUUUCCGUAAAAUGAACUGAAUGAUUGAAUUGUGAAGAAUCUAACCAAUCUAACAAUGUGUAGCAUGUCCAUAUUGACAAACGUUUAAACAUUUAUCAUGAUCUAAACAGCUGAGAACUAGCUCAAGCAGGCGACUUGGUGGGCUUUAAGGUUUUGUACAUUAAAAGAACUUCUAUAAAAACCA